UGGGCACAGGUGGGUGGCACAGGUGAGUGGGCACAGGUUGGUGGCACUACUGGGCACAGGUGGGUGGCACUACUGGGCACAGGUAGGUGGCACUGCUGGGCACAGGUGGGCAGAACUUGUGGGUGGCACUGCUGGGCACCGAUCAUCAGGGCACUGAUGAGCUGAUCACGUGAUGUGGUGAAAGGCCGAUCCCACCGGCCUUUUACCACGUGAUCAGCGGUGUCCAAUGACACGCUGAUCACAGGGAAAUGCAAGUGCCGGUUCUCGGCUGCACUUUCCUCACGCUGUCAGAUCGUGAGGAAAGUACUGCCGAGAACCGGCAGUUG